AUGUCUUCACUUCAGUUCUUCUAUCGCCUGGUCCCUGCCAUGGAACCUCCGCAGCCCCUCCAGCAACAGAAGAAAAAGACAACCCCCAAAGUCGAUGUGUAUAACCUCCACCCAACAGGCUGGGAAUCCGACCCAGAAGAUGAAUACCACCGUCUCUGCACGCUAGACUACUGCUCCGGCACAAUCUACUGCGCCUAUGCCCUCUUCUUCAAACUCGACCAAGACGGAGACAAACACAAAAUCGUCGACGUCCUCAAGCAAGGCCUCGAAAUCACACUUAGCCAAUGCCGCCGCCUCUGCGGGACACUGAAAGAAAAUCCCGACGGCAGCGGAGACGGCGACCUGUGCUUCCACAAGAAGCGUGGCGACACGGUCGAGUUCCACGUCCAAUGGCUCGACGGCACCAACACCAACACCAACAACACCGACGAUGAUGAUGAAAAGCAUCCCUCCUACGCCGACUUUGAACGCCAACACUUUAGCAACCGCGCCUUCGGCCCCGACCUGAACCUAUGGUGCGUCGCGCCCAUGACACCCGCCGAAAAGCCCUCCAACCGUCCAGAGAACAACCCCAAGGCAGCCUCCUUCAAAGCGAGCUUUAUCCCCGGUGACGGGCUGGUGUUGAUGAUGAUGCACCACCACCUCGCCAACGACGUCACGGGGUGGGCGGGCGAACUUCACCAGUUGGCUGAGAACUGUGCCGCCGUCUGGGCUGUAUCGGCGUCGGCGUCGGGUGCGAAAGUCGCUAGCGCUGCUACGCUGCCGGAGCUGCCUCCGUGGGACCCCGCGUGCGUGGACCUCUCGCGCGUCACGGCCCCGGACCCGCCCGCUGAUCAGCUCGUUGACGCACCGCCUCGUCCUUCGCGACAUCCUGAUCAGAGGGCUGCUUCAAGGUUGCUUUUUCAUAUUCCGCGGAGUAAGUUGCUUGAGUUGAAGCGAUUGGCGACACCGGUCCCGGCCCUGGCUGCGGAUGAAAGCAAUAGCGACAACUGCAACUGGAUCUCGAGCUAUGAUGCUCUUAAUGCGUACCUACUGAGAGUUAUGCUAAAGCACAAAGCCCGAUUGCACAAGUCUGAUCCAGAGGCGCUCGUUGAAUGGGUCGAGGCUGUUGACGUGAGACGCUUGUGUGAUGCUUCGGGGAAGCCGAUGCCGGCGCGCACGCAGGGGAAUGUGAUUGCUGUGGCUAUCGCGUCGAGGAGCACUCAGAUUGUGCCGCAGUUCACAAUCAAGGAGAUUGUUGAGGAGGCGCCUUUCUCCAAGCUUGCGUGGUACAUGCGCCAACUCACAGACAGCAUCACACCAGCCGCCAUAGACGCAAUGCUAUCCGGCAUCGCCCACAUCCGCAACAAGCUAACCCUCUACGCCGGCUCCGACAUCUUCCCACCCACGACCCUCCUCGUCACGGACUGGCGUGACGCCGACCCGUACACCGCGGACUUCGCCUUCGGUCGCCCUAGCGGGUUCCGGUGUCCGUGGGACUCUGUGACGGGAGGGCUCGUGGUGAUUUACCCGCCUCAUCCUGCGGCUGUGGGGGUGGGUCCCGGUGGAGAAGACGAGGGGAACGAGAUCUCGUGGGCGGUUGAGAAGUAACUUGUGUGGGAUUUGCUUGCGGAUCCGGAGUGGAAUCGGGUGUUUGAGUUUAGGGGGGUUGAGGUUGAGGAUGAAUGACGGGGACAGUAGGGUGGCGGAUGUGAGGGUGAGGUGGUUAGGAUUUGGUGGUUCCAUAGCAUACUUGCAGAUGAUUUCUUACGAUUGAUUACCGUCAGUACGAUGGGCAUAUUCCAUACAGCCGCAGUUUGCGAUUGCUCUUCUUUUCCAUUGUCACGGUAGACUUUGAGCAUAGUACUUCUCUCUCUUGCUAAGUAUCUCCUACGCUUCUAUGAGAAUCGGUAGUAACAAUGAAUUAAAAAACCAAAGCCCCCAGCGACAGAAGGCGACUGAAGAUACCAGCAGACAAGACAAAAAGCCAAAAAAAAAUAACCCGAAGAAUGAUUUGGUCAAUCGCGGCGAGGAUUUGAGCCUCACGCGGGGGUCGAACCCGCAACCUUGAGAUUAAGAGUCUCACGCUCUACCGAUUGAGCUAGC